AUGGCGGCGCUGGCCGGGCUGGGCGCCCUGCGGAGGCUCUGCAGCGUCGCGCUGUUCCUGUCCCAGCUCUACGUCCUGUCCGGCCGCGCAGGAUCUUUGAUGACCACAAAGCAUUCACAGCCACAGUCUACAUUUGCAAAAAGUCUGACUUCAACAACUACAAAUACUCCUUAUUUUAAAGCAGCAGAAAGUACAGAAAUUCCAUCUUACGUGACUAAAUGUCCUAGCAACGGGCUUUGCAGUAGAUUGCCACCGGACUGUAUGACAUGUAACACAAACUACUCCUGUAUAUAUGGGAAGCCGGCCACUUUUGAUUGCAAAGUCAAGCCACAUGUUCAUUGUGUUGAUCAGAGUAACCAUGAGCAGGAGAACUUUACAAUUAACAUGACGUGCCAGUUUUGCUGGCAGCUUGCAACAACUGAUUAUGUAUGUACCAAUUCUACAAACUGCAUGACGGUUUCUUGUCCGCGACAACGAUAUAAUGCCACUUGUACAGUACGGGAUCAUAUUCAUUGUCUAGGUAAUCGUGUCUUUCCUAAGAUGCUCUACUGCAACUGGACUGGAGGUUAUAAGUGGUCUACUGCCUUGGCACUAAGCAUCACCCUUGGUGGAUUUGGUGCCGAUCGUUUCUAUUUGGGCCAGUGGCGGGAAGGUCUGGGAAAACUCUUCAGCUUUGGUGGACUUGGAAUAUGGACACUAAUUGAUGUGCUCCUGAUAGGUGUUGGCUAUGUGGGACCUGCAGAUGGUUCUCUUUAUAUUUAAAUGUGGGUGCAACAUGUUUCAGAGAGGAGUAAUUGCUUGGAAAGGGCUCUAAAUAAAAGAAUGUAGAGAUUUGAGCCUUUAAGGUAGAAUGAAGAACAACUCUUCUUUCUGUGUGCAUACGUUUUAAUGUACAGUAUCUGUACUUAGUUUGCCUUUAACUAAGGUAAAAUAAAAGCGUGGAUCACUGAGUAAGUUGAAAUUAAUUUCCUUUCUUUUGUGGACAUGCUAUUUUUCUAUGAAAAAAAGUUGAACAGCUAACCAAAUUCUGCACUAUGCUUGAACUUGGAUGAUCUGUCAAGCACCAAAAGAGAUGCAAACUAACUUGAAUAUUGAGUUGUUUACUUCAUAUUUGUAUGCUUGAAUUUAAAGCUAACUUCCCUAAAUAUGUCAGUAAUAUUUUUUUUUUCUGUAUUUGUGGGAGGAUAAUUUAUUUGCCUGAAUUACUCUAGCAGUAUGUAGAUCACCAUGUUUUAUGCUGUUAAUUACAUUCAUCUCUUGUUUUGGGAUAUAGCAAGAGCUAACACUUGCUUAGUGACUUGUUGACUUAAAAUUGUGGGCUUUUUAGAAUUAGAUGGCAGUUAUGCUAAGAGCUAAAUAUGAAAUAAUUGAAAUAGAUUUUAGGAUUGUUCCAGAAUGUCUCUAUUUUGGUUGGGUUUGACCUGCAUAUCGGUGAAAGGUACAACUCGUAUUCUUGUGCUGGCGAGCUUGCCAAGUUAAUUUAAAAAAAGGGUUGGCAAUAUAAUUGAUGCGUUUGUGCACUUGCGACUUCGUAACAAGAUAAUGUAGCAAACUGUAGUGCCGUUACAGAAGAAUAACUUAGUUGACUUAAAUACCCGAAGGUAGCUGCCUGCCUCUCGGCCAGGCGACCUUCUUGCCGUGCCCUCCCCCUUACACUAGACUUGAACUGUCGCUUGUGUAGUACUAAGGUGCAGUAGAUCUGGAAAUCGUAUCACGUGAAUAAACUUGAACUUGAAGCUUUAA